CAUUUUGCGGGGCGGCCACGUGAAGGACGCACGUUCAUCGGGCAGCUCACGUGACUACAGCGCGCUGCAGCCGCCCGGGCGGACCCGGCGAGAGGCGGCGGCGGCGGUGGCGGUGAUGGACGGGUCCGGGGAGCAGCCCAGAGGAGGCGGGCCCACCAGCUCUGAGCAGAUCAUGAAGACAGGGGCCCUUUUGCUUCAGGGUUUCAUCCAGGAUCGAGCAGGACGGAUGGGGGGGGACACGUCAGAGCUGGCCUUGGAGCAGGUGCCCCAGGAUGCUUCCACCAAGAAGCUGAGCGAGUGUCUGAAGCGCAUCGGUGAUGAACUAGACAGUAACAUGGAGCUUCAGAGGAUGAUUGCAGCUGUGGACACAGACUCCCCCCGAGAGGUCUUUUUCCGAGUGGCAGCUGAUAUGUUUGCUGACGGCAACUUCAACUGGGGCCGGGUUGUCGCCCUUUUCUACUUUGCCAGCAAACUGGUGCUCAAGGCCCUGUGUACCAAGGUGCCAGAGUUGAUCAGAACCAUCAUGGGCUGGACGCUGGACUUCCUCCGAGAGCGGCUACUGGGCUGGAUUCAAGAUCAGGGUGGUUGGGUCUGGUCAAGAACAUUUUACGGUAGAUCAGUCCAGUUCUUCUGGAACCCGCUGACCACUCUGUGGCCCGUAACUGGAUUCUUGCUUUCGUGCCUUCCCAUUGCUCUGGAGUCCCUCAAGUUCACUGAUGAUCCUUUGACCAAGGAUGGCCUCCUCUCCUACUUUGGGACCCCCACGUGGCAGACAGUGACCAUCUUUGUGGCCGGAGUGCUCACCGCCUCACUCACCAUCUGGAAGAAGAUGGGUUGAGGCCACCAGCUGCCUUGGACUGUCUUUUCUGCAUAAAUUAUAGCAUUUUGGGGGGAGGAAUGGGGAUUGGGGGAUGUAGGCAUUUUUCUUACUUUUGUAAUUAUUGGGAGGGGUGGGGAAAGUGGCCUGGUGGAGGUGGGGGACAAUAAACUUCCUUCAGGCCACA